AUGCAAGAUGAUGAAGCAACGGUUACUGAUAUCAAGUUAGGGAGUCAAGUUACUGUCAUAGCUGCUAAUGGUGCUUGUGGAACCGUUAAGUACAUUGGCGAGACCAAAUUCGCAGAAGGGAUAUGGUGCGGCAUUGAAGUGGAUGAUAAACGAUUUGGAAGAAAUAAUGGAUCUGUUAACGGUGUAGAAUAUUUUGAAGUUAGCACAGAUGGUUGUGGUCUGUUUACAAAGAUUGAAAAUGUCAAAUUAUUAGAUCCUUCAUCAUUGUCAUCGAAAAACUCAGACGACGUCAUUCGAUUGAAACGUAUCGUGAAACUGUUGCAACAGAAGUGCAUCCAAUUGAAAUUUGAAUGUGAACAAAUAAAGCAAAAGACCCAAUACUCCAAGUCUACUGAUGAAUCUGUAGGGCUUUUGCAAGAGACUGUGGAACAUCUAACAUUAAGGGAAGAGGACUUGACUUCUCAGAACAUGGAAUUAGAAGGCUUAAAGACUCAGUUAGAGGGUGAAAAAAACAAAUUACUUCAAGAAGUGUCUUUAUUAAAGGAGAACUUAUCUUGUAGGGAGGCCACAGACGCUGAGAUAAAUCAAAAAAUAAUAGCCGGUACAAAUGUUGAUAAGAUUGAUCUUCUACGAGAAAAUACUAGAUUACAGAAGGCAAUUGAUGAUCUUGAGAGAUCAUUAACUGACACAAUACAUGAUUAUGAAGUACUAAUGUCUGAAUAUUCAGAUUUGAUAGAGACCAAUGCCGUAUUAGAAGAUUCGAUACAAGUCUUAAAUACCGAUCUAGAAAAUUCUGCUAUAGAUAUCAGAAAUCUGCAAAGAGAGGUUGACGCUAUUAAGGAUGACAAAAAGAUAGUUGAACGUGUUACUACUGAAAAUAAUGAAUUAUCACUAAAAUUGGCAAAGCUAGAAUCGAAAUUGAAAGAUUUGAAGAAGAAUAAAUCGGAACACGAAAGAUUACUUCAGGAAUCAAAUGAUCGAGAGGAAGAAUUAAAGAAAAGUUUGAAGGACUCUGAGAUCAUAACUGAAAAUUAUAAUUUCGAACUCCAAAAGUUGCGAUCAGAUAUUGAAAGAUUAUCAGAAAAUACGUCUGCUAAUUCGAUUGAUGAAGCAUUAAUACGGAAAGACAUAGAAAUCGCCACUAUAGAAGAGGAAUUAUAUAAGAACGAACUUUUAAAAGAACUUUACAUGAUUGCUUUACCAGAAAAAGAAGGAGGAGAAUUUUUCUACACUCAAAAACAGUUUAGUUAUUUUUACCGAAAGAUGGAUGAUAAAAGAAUAAGGAACUCCCUAGUGGAGAAGAUCCAGAUUAAAUUUAUUCUGUUAAUGUUAAGCGAAAUUUGUAAGUGCAUGUCUUUUCAAAGCCAUUCGAUAGACGCUCGAUACACUCCCUUUAACACAGAGGUUUUCAGUAUCAAGAGUUGGACUAAUUAUUUCUUAGAGGGUUAUAUUCCGUUGGAAAAUAUCCAUAUUGAAGAGAUUUUUCAGUUUAUGUGCGACGUUCCCAUUUUGAAUAACAAUGUAGAGCUAUCAUUCCAUAUACUUGGCAGUAUAUGUCUUUACAUGUCUUCCAUUUUGUUUAUACUUUAUUCCGAAGGCGUGGCCUCAGAGGAGAGGAGCAAUCAAUUGCAGGUUAUUGAAAAUUAUGUUAAGGAUCUUUCAGAAAUUUCAAAAGAUUAUUUGAGUGUCUUGGAGGAUGAUCAAACUGGUAAACUGAAAUAUUACACUUUUACGAAUUCCUCCACAACGACCUUUUUGAAGACCUUUUAUGAUAAAGUCUUAACUCAACUACAGCCAAAGGAUAAUUCUAAUCUAACCAAAGUUAUUAAUUCGUUACAUGAUAUUACCGACCACAUUAGCAGGGACGACAUUUUCGAUAUCCAUGAAGUUCUUUCUAAAGUGGAAGAUUUAGACAGUGAGCAUGACCAUAUAUCUGUCAACUCACAGGAGAUGGAGUUGGAAUUAUUACAGAAGCAAAAGUUGCUUGCUAAUAAGGAGGAUUAUAUAAAGGAACUUUUAUUGAAAAUUGAGAUAUUGCAAGAAAAAGCUGGUAAAAACAAAGAGCUGGAAGAUCUGAUUGACUCCCUACGAAUCCAAGUAAGGGAGUUGGAAAAAGAGAAAACGGGACUGAAUGACUUCAUAAUUGCAUUAAAGGACAAGUUGGAGUCAGUUAAGAAGAAUUUAGAAUCUCAGAAAAUCAACGCAUCUCGCCUGAUUGUUGAUGAUGGCCUAAAUGAAACGAUUUUGAGCUAUUCUCAAGUUGAUAGAAACAACCUGAUUUCUGAAAUUAAAGACCUCCGAAGCGUGAUAAAACAUAAAACUCUUGUUGACUCAACUAAUCUUAAGACUUUUGAUUGGCUAUACGCAAAUUCAUCCAAGAAACUCGAAUCCAAUGAAUCACAGUCCACUUUUAAUGCAAGACUAAGGGAACUAAACAAAAAUGUUGACAAAAUUAUCGACAGUACUGAGUUGCUUCUUUUUGAGCCAGAAAAUGAUUUCGAGAAAGUUGGUCGGUAUGUAGCAAAACUGAAACAUAAGCAAUCUUUAGUCAUAAAUAAGCUGAAAGAUUUAUCUAAAUAG